GUGAUUAUACGGCGUACAGUCAACCAAGACAGGCCGAGCAGCGUAUCCACAGAGACGUCUACAAACACACCAGGAGCCGCUUAGUUACUACUUGAGUAACAUCACAGAACCCGUUGGAUGCGUGCAGUCAGUGGCAGGUGUAGACGUUCAACGAUCAAAGCUGAACUUACCUAGUCAAUGAGCAAACGGUCGAACAAAUAUUAAACUGACACAGUCACAGAGCUGCACAACCAACACUCCACCCACCACCUCAACCCACAGCCAUGGACAACGAAGAAACCAACACCACCGCCGCACCACCAUCGACCCCCGGGCCUCUCCUAGUCUUCAUACUGGGCGCCCCCUGCUCCGGCAAAUCCACCCUCAGCGCCGCCCUCUCCACGCGCCACAACCUCACCCCCUUCUCACUCGGCGCCGACCUGCGCUCGCUCGUCAGCCCCCACCCGACCGGCGCCGCCUUACGCAUCGCACCGCUCUUCUCAGCCGCCGAGCUCGCCUCGUUCCGCGCGCACCUGCACACAGGCACACUCGGCCCCGCGCACCUGGCCGCGCGGUACGUCGGCGCGCGCGUGUUCCCGGCCGGCUGCGACCCGACGCGCGUCAGGAUGGUGGUCGAUGGUUUUCCGCGCGACGCGGGGCGCUGGGGCGCGUUCAAGGGGGUUGUGGAGCCGGUUUGGAGGCCCGGGGAGGGGGGCGUGCUGGUGGUGUUGGAUGUGGAGAGGGGGGUUGCGCGGGAGCGGUUUGUGAGGAGGGGGAGGGCGGGGGAUGUGUUUGAGAGGCGGUUUGACGAGCAUGUGGAGUUGGUAGAGGGGGUUGUGCAGGCGAUGGGGAGGGAUGGGGUGAAGGUGUGGAGGGUGCGGGGGGGUGAGGAACUGCAGGCGGUGGUGCAGCGGCUGGGGGCUUUCUUGGGCGAGGAGGUCGGUGCAGAAGGCGGUCUUGAGGGAACUCGCCUAGAAGCGUCUGAAUCGCCCUGACGCAGCCGCAAGGCCAGAAAGAAAGAGUGAUUAGUUUCAACGGGAAGUUGUCUCAAUGAAGCGGUUGCACUUGGAUGUAUUUAGUUGAAAUCCGAAGUCUAUUGGCAGUAAAUAGUGAUACUGAACUUCAAACCUGCCAAAAGGCAACUCGUGCGAGUGCAGUAUGUGCACUCGAUUACUCAUUGCUGUCGCUGAUGAUGUCGAG